AUGGUUGAAGAGAGGAACGACUCCUUCGAGGAGUCCGAGUCGCUUUUUGGCUCGCCUCCCCCGUCUCCUGGGAGGCGCAGUUCACCGGGACUAGCCCUCCCCGGUGCUGCGAGUUCUACAGACAAUGUGGGGACCAUUGCACUUCCUGGGCCUCAUGCAUAUUCUGAACUACCAGUACAUCCACCAGACUCACUUCUGAGUGUUGAUAACCGUGCUGCCCGUCCGGUGCAAGUACCUCCGCCACCGCGCCCGCAGCAACUACAAGCGAUGGAUCCGGACGUGGGUCGACGCUCCACGUCGGCCACUCCUGGUCUUGCUGGAAGGCCGCGAAAACCGUCGGACAAGGGCAAGCAGAAGGAAGUACGGUCUCGCACCGGCACCCCUCGACCAACGCCUCCCCCUAUUCACAUGCCUGACCCCGGUGCGCCUCCGCCACCAAACUUUCUCCGCAAUCAGCAAGCUCUGUUAGGCUUGGCUGGGCUAGUCGGUGGUGUCAAUCCUGCCAAUCUCAACCGGAGCACUGCGGGGUCCGGGUCGAGUUCUAAAAAUCCCAUCAUCGUCGAAGAGGGCCAUGAGCCACCGUCUAUCGCACAGCAUUCCCGUCUGCCUCGUAUCGACCCCUCCCAGCUGCCGACUCCCUCCACUGAUGCGAUCCUUGACACCAUGAUCAAGCAAAAAAAUAUAUUCCCCGUCCUCAGUUCGAUCUUGAAGCUUAUCUCGUCCGCCGCUACACCUGCAGCUCCCUAUUACAAUCCAUACCAGUACAGUUAUGCGCAUUCACCCUCUCCUACCCCUUCUGCCGAAAACGAUGGCCCGCCCCCCGCGAAGCGGAAGAAGGUCACCAAAGUCCCCGCAGGCGCCUCCAACUGGGACGUUCCCUUCCCUCUGGACAAUGACGAGGGGUCUCAGGAGUAUCUAGCGAGGUGGGAGCGUGCGCGAACGAAGCAAUUGGUCGUGCAGCUCGUCAAUCUGAUCAAGAGCGCGGCGCACAAAGCGGCUACGAAGGCGUAUAUGCAGAAGGUGAACCAGGCGCAAAAGGAUCGUUCGCCGGCUCCGCCGUCGUCUGAUCCUAAUGUCAUGGGCCACUACCGACCUGCUACCAUGUUCUACGGAAUGGAGCUUGAAGGACAGGCCCCAGCGGCGGGGUCGGGCGCUGUGGCGGGGGCACCAACGUCGCCGGGGGAGACAGCGGACUUGCAAGCCAUGUUGGCCGAUGUGAGUAAUGGUAACGACGCAGUCAGGAGCACUACCCAGGGGUCGGCGACUGAUCCCUCCUCCACGAGCGACACGAUCUCGUACGACCAGCUCAUCGCUUCAUUACUCUCAGCUGCACCCGCAUCGACCGAUUCGUCCGCUGCAGAAACGAAUACGGUGCCGCUCGAGUCGCUACCGAAUGCGUCGUCCACUGCGGACGAGGGUUCGGUCGAUAUAGAAGGGUGGAUGUCCUUACUUCAGUCCCUGCCAUCCGUGAACAGUGGUGUUGACUCUCAGGGAAGCUCUGAGUGUUCUUCCGCCUCCCAAGGUUCCCAUUACACUAUCAGCAAUGGCGCACAAACUCGACUUUCCAGCACCCCUGUUGCAUCCGUCUCGUCCUCUCAAUCGUCUUCCGACCUGGCCAUUGAUCCGUUCUUGCUCGCUCUAUCUCAAGUGACCCCUAGUCAGCCUCAGGGACUACCCGAUGCGUCACAGCUCCCUGUGCUCUCUCAUUCCCCUGUCGCCUCCGCAAGUUCGGUCGCCGGUCCACCUACUCCUCCAAGCUGGGACGCUGGCACUUUUACUGACUCAAGCGGUCUGACAAAACCUACUGGUACGUUCAUCCCUGGAAAUAUUUUACCCACCUCGGAAGACACUCUAAUGCUCGGCUACCCAGGCGACGAUCCCAUGGCUGCCGCUACCAUGCUUCUACAACUCGCGUCUGAACCGUCCUCUCAGCCGAGCCAGCAAUCUCCUAUUCAGCCUUCGAUGCAAAAUAUCCCAAGUCAUAUACUACAAUCCACAGCCGGCAGUCAAGCCAAUUUAUCAUCCGCUACCCCAAAUACUUGUGGUGUUGUCCCAUAUGCGCCUACGCAUCCCUCCCCCGCCAAUGCUGCUGCACCCGGGCCGUCCUCUCUCCCCGCGCGUCGCGUUGGCCGGCCACCAGUACCUAGCGCGAAGAAAAUAGUCAAGGAGGAUAUCAUCCUUCGGUCGAAGGAACGUCGGAGACAGCUGUUGGCGGAGAUAGAGAGAGCGAAAAUCCAGCUCUGGGAGACAACGCUGGAGCAGGGCGUGCUGACGCAUCUGAUCAAGGACAGUAGCUAGUCUCAAUGUCUGUCUCAUCAUGAGCUGAAUGUAUAUGUGGUAGUCAGUGAAUGCACAGUGGUAUAAGAUUGAC